ACUGGAGAUUUCGGAUCUUAGCUCUGCUAUCUCUUCUUCUGAAGCAUUCUCAAGUCGCUCUAUGUCUUUAUUGAAAUCUUGGAUUUCCUGCUCACACUGGCUAUAUUCACGCUCCAAUGCUUGUAAAAAAACCGACUAUAGCUUUCCAUUUACUGAUGUAAAAAAAUGGCUUGAUAGGCUGGCAAGUUAUCAAAUUUUUCAUUCUUCACCAAAGCAUAUACGUUAUGUUAGCUAUUCUAGAAUCACAAAACUGAAUUUUGUACAUCAGUGUGAUUUGAUCGAAAUACCAUAUGAUGAUGUGAAUAUAGUUUUAUUAGACAAUGGUCCAAUCUUUUACUAUGUAUUGUUGGUUAUAGACUAUGCGACUAGAUAUAAAGAUUUCAUUUUUUUAACAUCAAAAAGUAGUGCAGAAGUCGCAGAAGCUUUUAAGAGUAUAUAUGAUAAUCCUGACAAUCCCCUUAACUGGCCUCAAAAACUACAAUGUGAUAAGGACACUGAGUUUAUGGAAUAUGUAACUUUAUUAAUGAAUAAGCAUGGUGUUGAAAUCCGAAGAAUUAUAACACAGAAUGUGAACGAUUUGCAAG